AUGAGCAACCUGGAGCCACCCACCAAGAUGCCUGGGGCCAACACCCCCACCUGUUCAGCACAGCACACCUACAGCAACCUUGGUGAGGUCCGCACCCACCUGCUGCCCUCCAAGGCCUGCCGCCCACGGACAUCUGAGCCCCCCGCGACUGACCCGCAGCCCCUGCCCCCACCCCUGCCCAAGAAGACCCUCACCAGGACCCAAUCGCUGCCCACCCACAAAGCCUCCAGCCCCAGCCUCACUCGAGCAAGGCCGCCUCAGAAGCCCCUUGUGGGGUCUCGCAGUGUGGAUGAGAGCCAGGCAGGCGACGACAGGGCGGGGUCAGCCCAGUCGCCUGCAGAGCCGCCCUACAGCUCGCUGGACACGGAACUGGGCCUCUCCCUCCAAGAUUUGCACCACCCGGAGGCCGUGCACGCAGCUCUGGAGGCCCGGCAGCUGGAGGGUCUCCGCGCCGUGCACGCCCGGCUGCACACCCGGCUUCUGGGGGGCCGCCCGGGCCCCUGCCGGCCAGACCACGGCUUCCGCCUCCUGGACAGCUCGCCCUGUGUGGAGAGCGGGGACGCCCUCUACUACCGCCUGGUGCGCGUGCAUGAGGAGGCGUGGCACCUCCUGGCUGCCAAGGUGCCCAAGCCAGGAGCUGAGGAGCCCCACCCCUGGGGCCUGGAGCUACAGGUCUCUCUGCUCCCACAUUUCAACCUCCAGGGGCUGUGUGGCUUGUUGCCCGAGGGUGCACUGCCUGAGGCGCCCUGGAGUGGCUGCGUGGCGCUGGUGGCUGAGGUGCCAGAGCUCACUGUGGCCCAGUGGCUUGUGGAGGCAGGUGCUCAGCCGCCGGAGGAGUUCACGAAGACCGUGGCCCUGCUGCUGCUGCAGCUGAGCGCCGCCCUAGAGCGCCUGGAGGCACAGGGCGCGGCCCUGGCUGAGCUUCGGCUGGAGAACCUACUGCUGGUGGCGCCUCGGGGCUGCAUGGCCACUGGGCCCCCACGCCUGCUGCUGGCGGACUUCGGACGCGUUCGCCCGCGGCCUCCCGGCACCCCCGGCAUCCACGCACGGCAGCUGGGCCGCCUGUUCCGAGAGCUGCUUGGCCCGGGAGUGCCCUUGGCCACACCCGUGGCCGCAGGCCUGGAGCGCCUGGCGGCCCAGCUGACCCGUGUGUGGCCGUCAGCGGCCCGGACACGCAGCGCGCUGCAGGCGCUGCUCUGGGGGCCCGGACCAGAGCUGCGCAGCCACGGAGCCCCACUGGGGUCCUGGCUGCGCGUGCGCCGAACCAUGCUGGUCCUGCACCUGGCUGAGCGGGCCGUGGGUGGGGAGGUGCCCGGUCUGGAGGACUGGCUCUGCUGUGAAUACCUGACGGAGGCCACAGCAGCCUCAGUGGACCUCGCCCUCAGUCUGCUGUGGGACUGA